CCGCUCCUCCGAAGGGACCUGCCAACUCCGCAUUGUCCUCUUGGCUUUGCAGUCAGAUGUCUGAGGCUGGCAGGCUCUGGGCAGGCAAUGAGUUCUUUCCCGGCGAGCUGGGCACAAAAAAAGAUCAGCAUGGGAGCCGCCGCCUUCGGGGCAGCCGCUGGGAGAGAAGCAGGGAGCGGGAGCGGGCAGAAAUAUUCCUCCUUGCAAGUCAGCUGGCGAGCAGCGGUGACUGGGCAGGCUGGAAGCUUCUGCUCUGGAAGGCCAGGGAGGAGCCGUGGAAUAACUCUUUCAUGGGCGACCGCUUUGAGAGGGGUCUGCAGGCUUUGCUCAAUGAAGGAGAAGAGAAUGAGAUGGAGAUAUUUGGCUACCGGACUCAAGGAUGCCGGAAAACCCUCUGCCUUGCUGGAUCCAUCUUCUCCUUUGGGAUUCUUCCCUUGGUAUUGUACUGGAGACCCGCUUGGCACGUGUGGGCCAAUUGCGUCCCGUGUUCCUUGCAAGAAGCAGACACUGUGUUGCUGAGGACAACAGAUGAAUUUCAAACUUACUCUUGGAAAAAGGUAAUGUGGAUCUCCCUGUCGUCACUGCAUGGCACAUGUGAACUCACUCCUGACCACCCUGUCAUUGGAGAUGAGGAGUGUAUCAUUAACAGAGCCAUAAGAAAGCCAGACCUCAAGGUGAGAUAUAUAAAAGUGCAGAAAAUACGAUAUGUUUGGAACAACUUAGAAGGACAGUUCCAGAAAAUUGGCUCUUUGGAAGACUGGCUUAGUUCUGCAAAGAUACAUCUAAAGUUUGGAUCAGGUCUAACAAGAGAAGAACAAGAGAUUAGGAGGUUAAUAUGUGGACCUAACACUAUUGAUGUUGAAAUCACACCUAUCUGGAAACUGCUCAUCAAGGAGGUUUUAAAUCCAUUUUACAUAUUUCAACUCUUCAGUGUCUGUCUAUGGUUUAGUGAAGACUAUAAGGAAUACGCCUUUGCCAUCGUCAUCAUGUCGGUCAUUUCCAUAGCUUUGACAGUGUAUGAUCUCAGAGAGCAAUCUGUGAAGCUCCAUCAUCUAGUUGAGUCACACAAUAGUGUUACAGUCUCUAUAUGUGGGAGGAAAGCUGGCGUUCAGGAGCUGGAAUCGCGCUUCCUGGUGCCUGGAGAUCUAUUAAUCCUGACAGGGAGCAAAGUACAGAUGCCAUGUGAUGCCAUUCUGAUGGAUGGCAGCUGCGUGGUGAACGAAGGCAUGCUGACAGGUGAAAGCAUUCCCGUCACUAAGACCCCGUUGCCCAAGACAGAUAGCUCAGCAUCGUGGAAGGCCCAGAGUGAAGUGGAUUAUAAACGGCAUGUCCUCUUCUGUGGAACGGAAGUGAUCCAGGCCAAGGGGGCUUGUUCUGGGACCGUGAGUGCUGUGGUACUACAGACUGGAUUCAACACUGCAAAGGGAGACCUUGUGAGAUCCAUUCUCUACCCCAAGCCUGUGAAUUUUAAGCUGUACAGAGAUGCCAUCAGAUUUCUCCUGUGCCUUGUGGGGACAGCCACCAUUGGGAUGAUCUAUACUUUGUGCGUCUAUGUGCUAAGUGGGGAACCUCCGGAAGAGGUGGUGAAGAAAGCUCUGGAUGUCAUCACAAUCGCCGUUCCUCCUGCUCUGCCGGCAGCUCUCACCACGGGCAUUAUCUAUGCCCAGCGGAGACUGAGAAAGAAAGGCAUCUUCUGCAUCAGCCCCCAGAGGAUCAAUGUUUGUGGACAAUUAAACCUUGUCUGCUUUGACAAGACAGGUACCCUAACAAGCGACGGCUUAGAUCUCUGGGGAGUCGUGCCUUGCGAUAGGAAUGGUUUCCAGGAGGUCCAUAGCUUUGCCUCAGGCAAGGCAUUGCCUUGGAGCCCUCUGUGUGCUGCCAUGGCCAGCUGCCACUCUCUCAUCCUUCUGGACGGGACCAUCCAGGGAGACCCUCUGGACCUCAAAAUGUUUGAAGCCACCACCUGGGAAAUGGCCACUUCUGGGCUUGAUUUCCAUGUCAAAGGAGUGCCAGCACAAGCUUUGGUGGUUAAGCCCAGCAGAACAGCCAGCCAGGUCCCAGUGGAAGGAAUUGCCAUCCUGCAUCAGUUCCCAUUCUCAUCAGCGUUGCAGAGGAUGACGGUUAUUGUCCAAGAGAUAGGGGGUGACCGGCUGGCUUUCAUGAAAGGUGCACCAGAGACUGUGGCCAGCUUUUGUCAAGCUGACACAGUACCAACUACUUUUGUUAGUGAACUUCAGAUUUACACGACCCAGGGCUUCCGGGUCAUAGCAAUGGCCUACAAAAAGCUGGAAAUGGAUCACCAUAUCACUGCCUUGACAAGGGACCAGGUAGAGUCAGAUCUGAUUUUUCUGGGCUUGCUGAUCUUGGAGAAUCGGUUAAAGGAGGAGACAAAGCCUGUCCUGGAAGAGCUCAUCUCAGCCCGAAUAAGGACCGUCAUGAUCACAGGUGACAAUCUUCAGACCGCAAUAACAGUGGCCAGAAAGUCUGGAAUGGUUUCUGAGAGCCAGAAGGUGAUUCUAAUUGAGGCAAAUGAAGCCACCGGGUCCUCUUCUGCAUUUUUAUCUUGGAAAUUAGUAGAAGAAAAGAAACAUACUGCAUACGGGAAUCAGGACAGUUAUAUUAACAUCAGGGAAGAAUUCUCUGAUAGUGGCAGAGAAGGAAAUUAUCAUUUUGCUUUAAAUGGAAAAUCCUUCCAGAUUAUAAGUCAACAUUUCAGCAGUCUACUGCCGAAGAUACUCAUCAAUGGGACCAUCUUUGCAAGAAUGUCUCCAGGACAGAAGUCCAGUCUGGUGGAAGAAUUUCAGAAAUUGGAUUACUUUGUAGGUAUGUGCGGUGAUGGAGCCAAUGACUGUGGGGCUUUGAAAAUGGCUCAUGUGGGCAUCUCUUUAUCAGAGCAGGAGGCUUCUGUGGCUUCACCCUUCACUUCCAAAACACCAAACAUUGAGUGUGUGCCUCACCUUAUCAAGGAAGGACGUGCUGCGCUGGUCACUUCCUUUUGCAUGUUUAAGUACAUGGCUCUGUACAGCAUGAUUCAGUAUGUUGGUGUUCUGCUGCUCUACUGGGAGACGAACAGCCUUUCAAAUUACCAGUUUUUGUUCCAGGAUCUGGCCAUCACAACUCUUAUUGGUGUGACAAUGAAUCUGAAUGGUGCCUACCCCAAGCUGGUGCCUUUCAGACCUGCAGGACGGCUCAUCUCCCCACCUCUGCUGCUCUCCGUGAUUCUCAACAUUCUCCUCAGCUUGGCCAUGCACAUCGCGGGCUUCAUUCUGGUUCAGAGGCAACCCUGGUAUUCUGCAGAGAGGCACAGCGCCUGCACAGUUCCCAACGAAACCAUCUCCAAAUUAACUAUCGCUCCAACCACUCCAGACAAAAUUGGAAGCAAUGGUGCUGUCACAAGUUUUGAGAACACCACUAUAUGGUUCUUGGGAACCAUCAACUGCAUCAUUGUGGCCCUUAUCUUCUCCAAAGGAAAACCAUUUCGGCAGCCCACCUAUACAAACUAUAUAUUUGUCCUUGUUCUGGUCAUACAGCUGGGAGUGUGUUUAUUCAUUCUAUUUGCUGAUAUUCCAGAAUUAUAUAAACGUUUGGAUCUGCUUUGCACUCCUGUCCUGUGGAGAAUCUACAUUGUCAUUAUGCUCAGCUCCAAUUUCAUUGUGUCCCUUGUAGUGGAGGAGUUCAUUAUUGAAAACAAAGCCCUGUGGAUGGUAAUCAAAAAAUGUUUUGGCUAUCAAUCAAAAAGCCAGUAUCGGAUAUGGCAGAGAGCCUUGGCGAAUGAUCCCAGUUGGCCUCCAAUAAACCAAACCUCUUACUCUGACACACCGAGAUGUGGCAGGGGAGUCUCUUACAGCAAUCCCGUGUUUGAGAGCAACGAGGAGCAACUGUGAAGCAGAAGAAAAUCCAAAUGGAUGUCAAGAAGAAAUGGUGACAAACGGGGUCAAUUUCUGUCUGUGAUUAUGUUUUAAGCAACAAGACUCUUAGAGUAUCAGAUGGAGUCUGGGGAAUCAAAAAUUAUCCAAUAGUGGUGACUAAUUAAAGUUUGUUUGAUAAAAUGCUUUUUCCAGCGCAUAACACUGCCACAGAAGAGUGUUUUCCUCCUGACUUCUGAAAGCAUUUGAGGUAUCCAGUGAAUCAAGAACAAGCCAAGGACUGGAAAGCUAAAGGGGAAGGAGACUGUGCAAUCUUUCAUCUUAGCCGAUAUGUUUUCUAAGUGAGGAAAUUAGCACUAUGUAUAGUCAUAGAAUUGAAACCUGUUAAAGAUAAUUUUUUGCAUUUCUAUUUAACCAAUGGCGGAAAAAUACUUGGGAGCCAUUACAUAACCAUCACUGCCUACUAUCCCUUCAUUUAUAGUUUUUCAGGUUUAAGAUCUUUCCUUCUACACCUUGCCUUCCCUUCCAUCAGAAAAGAUAGGCUAAAUCAGCGCUAUAGAAAUAAUCUACUCCCAUAUCUCAGUGACUUAAUGUGAAAUGGCAUCUUUCUUGGAUCAGAUGAGUCUCUGGAAUAGCUCUCCUUAGCACGGUGAUUCCUUCUAUCUAAUGGCUCCAGACACUCUACUCAUGGACUCCAUGUUUCUUUGGAUGGGAAAGAUGAACAUCACACAAGGAACAGUCACUGCCUCACCCCAAAAGUGGCAUACAACUCUUUCAUCACACUCAUUAACCAAAGAUUUAAGAAGUUGCUGGAAAAUAUAGUCUUGUGCAUUUAGGGUGGUCUUUUUAGUGGGAACAUGACCUUUGCAUUCACACAUAGCAUCAUGUCCAGAAGGGUUUUUUGGUUUAACGCCUUUUCUGUUGCCAUCUUGAAACUCUUGAGUUUUGAAUAAGGGCUCAUUUAAUAUAUAUAUAUAUAUAUAUAUAUAUAUACACAUAUAUAUAUAUAUCUUGCACCCAGACCCAGACAUUAUGUAAAUUUUAUUGUUGUUAAAGAACAGGAAGUGGCACAUAGCAAAGAGCAAUCUUGGUCUAGAUUCCUGACCCUGCGAACACCUGUACUUUGGAAACCCCUCAUUUCAUAGUCCUAGCCCCUCGUUCCUCUGCUCCUCCUUCCACCCCCACCUUUUUUUAUUGUUUUGCUCAGGGCCUACUCCUGGCUUUGAGCUCAGGGAUGAUCCUAGCAGUGCUGGGGGAAACAUAUGGAUGGAAUGCCAGGGAUUGAAUCCAGGUCUGCUGCGUGCAAGGCAAGUGCUCUAUCCACUGUACUAUCUCUUAAGCCCUACUUGCCCCCAUAGUUUUGAGAGAAAUAGUUUGUGUCACAAAAUUGUAUAUUGUCAUUGAUGCAAGUCUCCACACAUUAUGUACCAUUUUUUUAAGUUUAAGGAUGAAUUUAAUUCUUAGAAAAAGAAGAUUCCUACAUUAAAAUCACUGUUAAAAAUGUUUACAUUCCAGAUUCUGGCUAUUGUAAACAGUGCUGCGAUGAACAUACAUGUGCAGAUGUUGUUUCGAUUGUACUUUUUUGCCGAAUGCCCCAAAACGGAUGACUGGUUGAGGAAACUUUGGUACAUCUAUACAAUGGAAUACUAUGCAGCUGUUAGAAAAAAGGAAGUCAAGAAUUUUGUAGUUAAGUGGAUGGGCAUGAAAAGUUUCAUGCUGAGUGAAAUGAGUCAGAAAGAGAGAGACAGACAUAGAAAGACUGCACUCAUCUAUGGUAUAUAGAAUAUCAGAGUGGGAGACUAAUACCCAAGAACUGUAGAAAUAAGUACCAGGAGGUUGACCCCAUGGCUUCGCGGCUGGCCUCACGUUCCGGGGAAAGGGCAACUCAGAGAAGCGAUCACCAACUACAUUGUAGUUGAAGGCCAUGUGGGGGAAGGGAGUUGCGGGCUGAAUGAGGGCUAGAGACUGAGCACAGCGGCCACUCAACACCUUUAUUGCAAACCACAACAGCUAAUUAGAGAGAGAGAACAGAAGGGAAUGCCCUGCCACAGUGG